AUGCAGAAGACGAAAUUUGCCUUCGACGUGUACGACAUAAACAAAGACGGCCACAUCAGUAACGGGGAGCUCUUUGCAGUGAUGAAGAUGAUGGUUGGGAACAACUUGAAUGAUCAGCAGCUGCAGCAGCUGGUGGACAGGACGAUCGUGCAGGCAGACAAAGAUGGGGACGGGAUGAUUUCCUUUGAGGAAUUCAGGGAGAUGGUUUCGCACAUCGAUAUCGCGGACAAGCUGCGAGUUGACGUUUGA